CCAAAACCUCCUAAACGCGGCGCGAAAUCCCCAUUCCGAUCAAAGUUCUUGUACAUUAGCACCUGCACACCAACCUUUGGGAUGGCAGGGAAAAGAGGUUUAGAUCCACAGCACGCAUUUGUUUUUCGUUCAUAGUGGGAUGCCAAAGCAGAGACGCGAAGAAAAGAAAAGCGGCGAGGAAAAGAAGCAAAAGAGAAGCCAACGCAAAGCAGAUUCGGGCCGUCGGGGGCGCCACGUACGUAUGGAGAUUGCUACCAGACCGUUGCUGAUCCCCGCCCAUGGUGGCGAUCGCAUAUGGUAGUACAUCUCCGAAGCCAGCCGCCCGCCCGAAAAUGGCGGCGUCUUCUCUCUCCUCGUCUUCACACUCUCUCCCCUCCCGGUCUGUCUUUCUCUCACUCUAGAAAGCGGGACCGAAGCUGCGCUCUGGCUCUGGCUUUGGCUUUUAUCUUCUUCUUCUUGUGCGUGCGUGCUCUCCGCUCGCGCCGCCCGCCAAAUGCCUCCCGCCAUCGCGCUGCUGCUCGCGCAGCUGGUGCUGUGCGGGUGCCUCUCGCCGGCGGUGUCUGCCGCCGCCGUCGUCCCCAGGCGGGUGCUGCACCAGCCGCUGUUUCCCAUUGAGUGGACUCCGCCCCCGUCGCCGCCGCCUCCGCCCGCGCCGGACUUCACCUCCGACCCCAGCCCUCCCGUGGCCACGCCCGACGCCCCUCCCGUGGCGACGCCCGAUGCCCCUCCCGGCGACUUCUUCCCUCCCGCACCGCCGGUGUCCAGUGAUGGUGGUGGCGGCGGUACGGCUUCGUCCCCCCCGAACACCGUCACCGCCGACGUCUCCACCCCGCCCUCUCCCACCGCUGCCGGCCACGGCCCCAAGAAGGCGACCAUAGUGGCGGCCGGGGCGGCCGCCGCCGCCGGGGUCGCGCUGCUCGGCUUCGCCUGCGCGUUCCUCAUCACCGGCCGCGCCCGCCGCCGCUGCGACUCGCAGAAGCUGCUCGGCCCCGACGGCGGGCCGGCGCUCCGCCGCACGGCCCCCUCCGCCGCCGACUUCCUCUACGUCGGCACGGUGGAGCCCACCACGCCCGCGCACCAGCGCGGGCCCACCAGCGCCGAUCUCGCCGGCUCCCCGUACCGCAAGCUGCGGAACGAGCGCGCGCGCCGCGCGGUGUGCCGCGACGAGGCCACCGACCACCCGAGCCCGGAGCUCCGGCCGCUCCCGCCGCUGCGGCGCGCCACCACCAUGGGCUCCUCCGACGAGGACGCGUACUACACGCCGCGGCAGCGCUCGGGGGGCUCCGGCUCGGGCGCCGGCGGCGGGGCCGGCAGCGGCGUGUACGGCGAGACGUGGAGCGAGGCGAGCGCGUCCAGCCCGCCCACCACCACCACGGCUUCCCGCCGCAGCCUCCCCAGCAUGACCAGCGACUUCUUUCCCCCGGUCGCCGCCAUCGCCGCGCUCCCGCCGCCCCCACGGUCCCGCCGCACGCGCACGCCCCCGCGCACGCGCUUCUCCACUGGCUCCACCCCCGACGUCAAGCAGGCAAUCUCGCCAUCCCCGCGGCCGGUGCAACCCUCCAACCCACCUCCACGUCCACCACCACCACCUCCUCCUCCUCCUCCACCACCACCGACAGCGCCGCCCAAGUCCAACGCAGCUCCAAGGCCCCCUCCUCCACCACCACCGCCACCGAUGGCGUCAACUAACAGCCUCCCCCCAAAGACGGGGGAGCCGACAUCCAGGCGCCGGUUGCUGAAGCCGCUGCCGCCGGAAGGGCCCCGCAUUGCCAUGCCGAUGCCGAUCACGGCGGCGGCAGCGGCGGAGAACAACGGGAGCACGUCGAUGCGGGCGGAGGACGACGCGGCCGGCGGCCUGCCGAAGCUGAAGCCGCUGCACUGGGACAAGGUGCGGGCGACCUCCGACCGCGCCAUGGUCUGGGACCAGCUCAAGUCAAGCUCAUUCCAGUUGGACGAGGACAUGAUCGAGGCGCUCUUCAUGAACAACUCCAUGCCCGCCGCGCCGCCGAGGGACACCGGGAGGAAGCCCGCCGCGCCGGCGUUCAGGCAGGAGGAGAGGGUGCUCGACCCCAAGAAAGCGCAGAACAUCGCCAUCUUGUUGCGCGCCUUGAAUGUCACGCGUGAGGAGGUCUCGGACGCGCUCCUGGACGGCAAUGCUGAAUGUUUAGGCAGUGAGCUUUUGGAAACGUUAGUCAAGAUGGCACCUACGAAAGAGGAGGAGGUCAAACUGCGGGAUUACAGUGGCGACCUAUCGAAGCUGGGAACCGCGGAACGCUUUCUCAAGACUGUGCUGGAUAUACCUUUCGCCUUCAAAAGAGUCGACGCUAUGCUGUACCGAGCCAAUUUCGAGACUGAGAUAAAUUACCUAAGGAAGUCUUUUGAAACGCUAGAGGCAGCUUGUGAAGAUCUUAGGGGUAGCAGGUUGUUCCUAAAACUCCUUGAAGCAGUGCUGAGGACCGGGAAUCGGAUGAAUGUCGGCACGAACCGGGGCGAGGCUAAGGCCUUUAAGCUUGACACCCUCCUCAAGCUCGCAGACGUCAAGGGAGCUGAUGGCAAAACCACGCUGCUGCACUUUGUUGUCCAAGAAAUGAUCCGAUCGGAAGACGCGAAAUCUGAAAAGCAAAACACCACGGCCACCAGCUCCAAAGAUAAAGGCCUGAAGGUUGUGUGCGGGCUGAGCAGCGAGCUCGGAAACGUCAAGAAGGCGGCUUCCAUGGACUUCGAUGUUCUGCACGGCUACGUCAGCAAGCUCGAGACGGGCCUCGAGAAGAUCAAGUCGGUGUUGCAGCUCGAGAGGCAGUGCACGCAGGGCCAGAGGUUCUUCAUCGCAAUGCAGGGCUUUCUGAAGGAGGCCGACAAGGAGAUCGAGAUAGUGAGAGGCGAGGAGAAGCGGGCUCUGGGGAGGGUGAAAGACAUCACCGACUACUUCCACGGGGACGCCGCGAAGGAGGAGGCGCACCCUCUGAGGAUAUUCAUGGUGGUGAGGGACUUCCUCUCGAUGUUGGAUCACGUCUGCAGGGAGGUUGGCCGGAUGCAGCAGGACAGAACCGUCGUCGGGUCGGCGAGGUCGUUCCGUGUCUCGACGACAGCCCCAUUGCCGGUCCUAAGCUUGUAUGGCCAACGGCGGCAGAACAACUCCGACGACGAUGAUGAUAGCAUGUCGUCGUAGGAGAGGGGGUUGGGGGAGGAGGGGUGGUGAAGAUGCAGAAUGAAUUUUGCAAUGGACAUAGCACAUAUGGACUGUGAUAGCUUUAGCAGCCGCGGCAAAUGUAUGAUAGUGAUAAGUAAGCACAUAUUUAACCUCGGGACGACCAAGGUUAGGAGAGAUCGGGGUGUAUACGUUUGGAACAUGUGGAAUUUUUUGUACAAAAGAAGAAUAAUGACAAGAAGGUCUUCCUCUUUC